AUGGCACACGCACCCCCAGCUCCUAAAAGCCUCUUGGGUAGACAUCGUCUACUGGCACCCAACGCUUCUGUUCGCAUUAGCCCAUUGUGCCUUGGCGGAAUGAGUCUUGGUGAUAGAUGGAAAGCGGGAUUGGGAGAUUUUAACAAGGAAGGUGCAUUUGAGCUCCUCGACGCUUUUUAUGACCUGGGCGGCAAUUUCAUUGACACAGCCAAUGCCUACCACGGUGGCCAGAGUGAAGAAUGGAUUGGAGAGUGGCUUCAAAAGACAGGACGCAGGGAUGAAAUGAUCAUCUCAACCAAGUAUACCAUGGGUUACAAGCUCGGACAACCAGUGCAGCAAAGCAAUUUUGGUGGAUCUGGUACGAAGAGCAUGCAUAUAGCUAUCCAGGACAGUUUGAAGCGACUUCAGACUACCUAUGUUGAUCUUUAUUUCGUACAUAACUGGGAUUAUGCCACCAGCAUCCCCGAGUUGAUGCAGUCCCUAAACACUCUUGUCCAGCAAGGCAGGGCUCUUUAUCUCGGCAUCAGUGAUACUCCAGCCUGGAUUGUUACCAAGGCCAAUGCAUAUGCCCGGCAACAUGGCUUACGUCCUUUCUCGGUUUAUCAGGGUCGCUUCGGCGCUCAUGCACGAGACUUGGAGCGUGAAGUAAUCCCCAUGUGCCUCGAUGAAGGCAUGGCCAUUCAUGUUUGGGGUGUUUUGGCUAAUGGAUUUUUCCAACCACCGGGUUCCACCAAAGAAGAUGGACGUAACACUGCUUUCAUUAAGAAUGGCAGAGAGGCCCAGGUGUCUGAAACCUUGGACCGCGUGGCAAAACGCCUUAGAGUUCCUCUUACUUCGGUUGCUCUUGCAUAUGCAUUACACAAGGCCCCCUACAUGAUCCCAAUCGUUGGCGGUCGCAAGGUCACCAAUCUCAAGACCAACAUUAAAGCGCUCGGUUUGGAGCUUAGUUCGGAAGAUAUUGCAGAAAUCGAGACUGGCUACGCAUUUGACCUGGGAUUUCCUCACAACUUCAUUAACAUGGAAGGCAAACCUCCUACAGGCCCUCAAGAUGCGACUAUUCUUAAACAGCUCGGAUACUUUGAUUACGUUCAACCACCUCAUCCUAUCAAACCGCACAAAGAUCAGUUGGAUGCGCAGUGGAAGCCUUGA